AUGCACAUGUUUGUAGAUGAUCUUAGAAUAAGAUCUACAGAAAUCCAAGGCUCCGGCAACUUGUAUGCCCUUUUAGACCUAAUGAACUCCCACCUCCCCCAGUGGAUAGAUUAUUCAUCGGUAUCUCUAUGCCACCUCCCAAAUCAAUCUUCUGAAUCGAAUCAGUGUUCUUUGAUGACGAGACAAAGUGGGGCAGUUGAAAAAGCCUUUGCCGAUCAUGAAAAUGAAGAGGCUGCAGAGAAGUGGAGGGAUGCUCUAAAAGAAGCAGCGGAUCUGGCCGGAUGGGAGUUGAAGAAUACUGCCGAUAGGCAUGAAGCUAAAUUCAUCCAGAAAGUUGUUGGAGAAAUUUCACUAGAGUUACGAUCCGUCAAUUUCAGCAUUGAUGAAACAUUAGUAGGCAUGGAGACUCGUAUCUAUGAUGUUUUAUCAUCUCUAGGAACAAGUUUAAAUGAUGUUCGCAUGAUCGGGAUCAAAGGAAUGGGAGGUGGUGGGAAGACAACUUUAGCCAGGGCUGUUUUUGAUCAAAUAUCCUUCCAAUUCGAAGGUGCAAGCUUCGUUGAGAAUGUUAGGGAAGUUUCAAAUGCUUCUUUGUCCGGAUUGAAGUCCUUGCAGAACCAAAUUCUUUCUGAUAUCAUAAAAGAUCAAGGCAUCACUGUAAGUAGUGUUUAUCACGGGAAAAGCAUGAUGAAGAGAUGGAUUCAUGGUAAAAAGGUUCUUCUUGUUCUGGAUGAUGUGGAUCAUAUAGAACAGCUUGAGGCGUUGGCUGGUGAGAUGAAUUGGUUUAAGCCAGGAAGCAGAAUUAUCAUUACAACAAGAGAUGAGCAAGUGCUCAUAGCACAUCGAGUGAAGUCGAUUCAUAACGUCAAGUUGUUAUCUGAUAAUGAAGCAAUUUGUCUCUUCAAUAGGUAUGCCUUUGUGAGAGUGAUUCCAGUUAUAGGGUACGAAGCGCUCUCACAACAAGUUGUGCAUUAUGCAGCUGGUCUUCCCUUAACGAUCAAAGUUUUGGGUUCAUUUCUUUGUGGUAAAAAUGAGCUUGAAUGGAUAGAUGCUCUGAAAAGACUUAAAACAAUUCCGUUAAUGGAAACUUUGAAAAAAUUAGAAAUAAGCUAUACCAGUCUAGAGGAGGAUUACAAAGAAAUAUUCCUAGAUGUUGCAUGUAUAUUUAAAGGAUGGUCGAAAGACUUUGCAAUCAAAGUGCUUGAAAGCUGUGGAUAUCAUGCUAGAACUGGUUUAAGAGUUCUUGAGCAAAAAUCUCUCAUAACCAUUUAUGAAGAUUCUUCUGAUGAUGAAGAGUGCUUGGGCAUGCAUGACCAUAUUGAAGAGAUGGGCAGGAAUAUUGUUCGUCGGUUGCAUCCGGAUAAGCCUAACAAACAUAGUCGGUUGUGGAUUACCAAGGAAAUUGAAGAUGUAUUGACUAAUGACUUGGGUACCCAAGAGACAAGAUAUAUAAAAUUUGACACACGUGACCUCAGUCCGGAAAUUCUAAUGAAUGGUCUUAGAAAAAUGAAGGAACUUAGAUUUCUUUACGUGCGUGGUGAAAGUAAAAGCGAUUGUUCUCAUCCGAAUUGGAAAUUUAUUAAAUUCCCAGACGCUUUACGAUAUCUGCAAUGGAACUAUUAUCCCUUCAGGUCUUUACCCAUAACAUUUAAACCAGCUAAUCUUGUUGCACUUGAGAUGAAUUCCAGUAAAAUCAUAAAACUUUGGGAAGGGGGAGAAAGAAAGGUUUUUAACAAGCUCAGAAUCCUUGACCUUAGUUGGUCAAGGCUCAGGACCCUUGAUCUUGGGCUUACUCCAAAUAUAGAGACAUUGAAUCUUAUAGGAUGCCGUGAAUUGGUAGAAAUUCACAUGCUUUCUGGAAGUAUAAAGCUCAUAACCCUUGACCUCAGUGGGUCAAUGUUGAAGACCCUUGACCUUGGGUUGGCUCUCAAUCUCGAGCUCUUAAAUCUUACAAAAUGUUCAGAUUUGGUAGAACUUCAGAUGCCCGAUAGAUCUCCAAAUCUGAGAUCCAUCAAACUUGGAUAUUCGAAGUUGAGGACCCUUGACAUUGGGCUGACUCCAAAUCUCGAGUAUCUAGAUCUUGAAAAGUGUUCUGAUCUAGAAGAACUUCACAUGGGCGAUGAAUGUCAAAAGCUCACAUUCCUUAACAUCAGUCGUUCAAAGUUCAAGAACCUUGACUUCAAGCUGACUCCAAAUCUCAAAACGUUAGAUCUUAAAAAUUGUUACAAUCUUGUAGAACUUCACAUGCUUGCUGGAUGUAAAAAGCUUAUAAGCGUUGACCUCAGUUGGUCAGAGUUGAGGAGCCUUGACCUUGGGUCGGCUCUCAAUCUCAUGCUCUUAGAUCUUACAAGAUGUUCAGAUUGGUGGAACUUCAGAUGCCCGAUAGAUCUCCAAAUCUGA